UUCAUUCAGUUCUUCACUUGAACAAGACGUUAUUGUUGCAUCUGAUAACAUCAGCCCUACCGACAUGCCUCAAAGCCAGUCGUCGUGGCAGCGUCGCUUUAGGCGUCUCUUCUUUUUCGUCGGCACCGCGUCCACCUUUUAUCUCUUGAGUUCAUACCUCUUGGACCGUCUCAAGGAGAAUCGUCUCCGUGCGAUCAAGGAAAAGAGACAUAAGGACCUGCUCAAAAACCACUUUACUUCUCUCAUCUCGAGCAUCUCCUUCACCCUCUAUGCACUUUUGCCUACACUUCAGCCGCAGGUGUUCGAAGCUUACCCUGUGGAGAAGACCUCUCAGGCUAUGCAAGGGACAGCUACUACAUCAGCCUCAUCAACCACUACAGGCUCGACCUCCAGUAUCGGAACUAGCGAGCCACUGAAUUCACUACAUCUCUACGGACAAGGAAGUCAGGAGUUAGAACCGCCAAAAGAAGCAGUUGAUAAUCAAAGUCCCCAGUUCAGCCCUUCAGUCCCUUUGGUACUCACAGUAGAUGAGAGCUGGGCCAGCGAGUUUCAGAAAAAAGAUAAUGCAGGUGCGGAAGCAGAGACGGAGAGUGGGAUUAUGGUUGGCGGUUCAGUCGGAAUCCCAGAGAUCGACGAUGGGUUGUCUUCCACUGUUUCGCAGCCUAUCUCAUUACCAGCUACCGACACAACCUCCGGCUCCCUUUCUCCACCCUCUGAUAUGUCAUCAUCCGCGCAGCUCGGUCCAUCUCCUCCAUUGCUGAGGGACCCCACUCCUUCUCCACCUGUUCUGACAAAGAGCAAAAAAGAGCUCUGGAAAGAGCUGAAGUUACAGAGUAUUGCUCGAACGAUUACAACCGCUUAUCUGCUACCUAUGCUCUAUCUCCUCACCUCUUCCCAACUAUCCAUCCUCGCGCGGAACACUUACCUUAAUGACCUCGCAUCCGAGAACUCCCACGCCAAGGGAACCUCUAAUCUUCGCGGAGUGCAAAGCCACGACAAUGAGAACGAAUAUGAUGAGGAUGAUGAUUAUCAGACUCCCAGACGUAACGUCUCAGAAGCUACUCUCACAGGACUUUCUGCCGAACGACCAUUGAAGAAAGACAACAAAAAGGCUACUGGCUGGUUCUCUUCCUUCUCCGUUGAAUCAAUGGGCCUCACCGAGUUUGUCGAAAACCAUGCUUCCUUCCUCCCCAAUCCCGUUGACUAUCUUCCUGGUACAAUAACUUCGUACCUCCCUUCAUUUCUAUCUAUCCGUCAGGGAGAUGACCAGAAAAACCAGGCCCAGAGGAUCGGUGAGGUUCAAGCUGCUGAGAUGGCGAGGCAAAGGAGGAUUGAGGAGGAAGAGGCUGAGAGGUUAUUUUUGAGUUAUUCGUGGUGGUUGUUGAAUGAAGGUUGGAAAGGUGUGGCGGAAAGGGUUGACCGGGCUGUCGCAAAGGUGUUUGGAUCAAUGUUACUCAAGAAGGAGUUGAGCUUGCACGAUUGGGAAAAGGCGAUCAAAGAGGUUCGGGCACAAGUGGAGAUGGAUGAAGCCGCAGAAUCUGGACCAAAGUUGUUUGACUUCACCCCGUUCCUCUUGCCCCUCAAGCCGCCAACAUCUCUGCGAGCUCCUUUCCCACACAAUCCCUCUGACCACUCUUCUCACCUUGUUUCGCUUUUUGACGAAACGCUUACUCAUAUUUGCUCCGCUGACGGACGCUAUCUCUUGGAGAAAGGUAUAGCCACAUUGACUAAGAGCCUGAUUAACAGUCUCAAGGAAGAAUGCUACGCUCUUGAAGCAACUUCGCAAUCGCAGAGCGGGUUUGAAUUAGAAGGAAGAAAGAAGCGAUUGGUGGAGUGUUUACCAGUGGUUAGUAGAUGGGGUAAAAAUAUAUGGGAGAGUGUGCCAGAUAGCGGGGUGGAGGAAAUGUUGGCUGUGUCAGAGUUUGAGGGCUUUGCAGCGAUUAUCUUUGGCGACUGGGCCGGAAAAUAGGAGGGCAGAAGUUACGUGGUAUACGGCGUUGUAGUGUAGUCUGCUGUUUACAUAAUUCCUCAUGAGAUUCAGUUUAGUCAUCCCAUCGGAUUGCAUUGAAAUGAGAAUAGAUACAUCUUUGGUAGCUAUCGUCGCUUCAAUUUUAUACGCUGUGCCCGUUGUUCAUUUCUUGACGUUUUAGCAAGAUACUUAUUAAGCAUAUGCAUUCCUCUGAUCAAC